UCUCCAUCCCACAGGAACCCUGGUCUGCGUAGAUAAGGACAGCCUGCUGCUAAUUUUACGCAGGAAAGGCAGGAAAUGUGAAGUGAAGACUUUGCUUUUCCACAAACAACAGAGUAGCGACCCCGGCCUUGGAGAGGAUCCUGUGUGCCACAGUGCUGAGCAGUCUGGGACUGAAAAAGAGACACAAACAGAGAGAAAGUGAGAGAGGAGGGUCCCUGGAAUUGAGGAGUUGGAUAGACACAGAGAGAGACACAAGAAAAAGUUAAAAGGAAGAGUGAAAGAACAAAAGAUUUGGAGGGGAGAGACUGUGUCCUCUCUCGUCUCCCCUGUAUCUCUGGAGGGAGCUAUGGCGGAUAACAGCACUCAUCCUAUUGUGAAGAUACUGGAGUCCUUCGGAUCGAGGGAUGUGAUUCUGGCCUUCUGUCUUUCUAUGGUUGUUGGUCUUCUGCUGGGAGCUCUGGUCUAUAUGAUCUUGACCUGGAUGUCUCGUCGACGAGCUUCAGCCAACAUCACUCGUGUACCCAUCCACCAGUCCCGCUCCACCACCCGUUCAUCCUCGCCGCGCUCUCGGCCAGGCUACAGUCGACACAGCAGCGGCUACGACCGACGCAGCAACAACAGUCUGGCCAGCGCUGCCUUCUCCUUCCAUCGGCAAACCUCAUCCUCACCGAUAGACUAUGGUGACUCACCAGGCCGCAAGUCGAGCUUCCGGGCCUCUACUUUUCAUCCUCUUCUUCAGUGUAGCCAGAUAGCUCGUGAGGCAGAAGAGGGUUCCCAGGGCAGCCUGCCACGGACCCCCACUCUCACUACCAGCCCUGGGGCGGCUGGCUCCACCAGCACUGUGAGUUCCAUGGUCACUCCACCCCGGGCCAGAACCAGGCCGGAUUCCUUCUGGGGCAACAGCAAUCUAAGGGGCUUUCAUGCAGGCCAGAUUCCACCACCUGCCUAUGAGAGCAUCAUACGAGCCUAUCAGGAGACAACCACGUGAAGGAAGAGGAGAUGCUACAGUGAUGGAGGAAGAUAAAUGUAUUAAUAGACUUGGACUAAAAAAUUGGACAGCUGAAAGCAAUAUGGAUGUCCUACAUCUUAAAACAUGGCCAGUUUUUCAAUGUGUGUAUAUUUGCAUAUUUCUGUUUGUUUGUUUGUAUUCUAUUUAAAAAUAAAGGUUCUUUAUUGGCAUAUGGUUCCAUGAGGAACCAUCCAGGGAACCUUCCAUUGAACGAAAGGUUAUGUUCUUCUCACAAAGAAAAGAAAAGGUUCUUUUAAGAUAAGAACUGUUCCAUGAAAGGUUCUUUGGG